AUCCGAUCAGCGACACACCGCACUCAUAACUGCGUCGAAUACGGCAAAUGUCACGGGGGCGAAUGAGAACAGCGGCCGUCUCGCCGGCCGUCUCUCCUCCGCAGCACUGAUUUCUUGAUGGCGAAGGUGAGGGACAGGGGCAACCCUUUGGAGCUGUUCGGCUUCAAGGUCGUGCCGGCGGGGUGGCUCCUGGGCAUCAUCCUCUGGUCAAUCGCACUCUUCAGCAGAGCAUGGUCACCAUCAUCACUGCACACAGACCGGGGACACGCAGACAGACAGACAGACAGGCCAGGCGUCAUCUGUCCGUGUCUGCGUGCGCCUGUGUGCAGGUUCUACCGUGCGUAUUACGUGAUUACACCGAACAACAUCAUUUUGACGAUGAGCCUCACACACGUGAACAUCGACAUCCCCGACUGCUGGGACAAGAACAUCAGGGACUACCGCAUGAAGUACCUCAGACCGAUAUGGUACGUAAGGAUGGCCUGGGGGGCCAGCCAGCAAUGGGGAAGGCAUCUUUGUCUCUGUCUCUGUGCAUUCUCCGAUUUCAUGGUGUCUCUCUUGCCUUCUCGUGGGCAGCAAGUCUCGGUUCAUCGGUGACCACGCCAUAUCGGACGUCAGAGACAUCAUCAGCGGGGCCAACAGCCAGCUGAUGAGUGUUUUUGUGCUCAUUGGCAUCGGUGAGAGGGAGAAGAAAAGCCACCAUGGCCACUGAUCUUCUCGUUUGGUGUGAUUUGGUGUGAUUUGUGUGUCGGUUGGUGUGUUCAGGGGGUCCCAACAUGGGCCAAGCAGUGGGGCUCUUCUCUCAGCUCCAUUACAUGGGCAUCGGAAUGGUGCAAUGCACUGGGCUAUGACAUGCCAACAAACGGUUCUCACAUGUCCCCCUGUGUGUGUGUGUCCAGUAUUAUGCGGCAGGCGUAUCGGCGGUAUGCAUCCUGGCGGCGACCUUCUUUCUGGCGCGGGUCAAGGCAAAGAUGCGGCAGGGCAGGGGGAAGACGUACCUCAUCGUUAGCAUAAUUCUCACCGCCCUCCCGCCGCUGCUGCUGGGGGGCAUGGUGGCGGGGUACUUCCUGUGCGCAUACAGAAUGGAGGACCUCUUCGUGUAUCGUACCCACACAGACGGGGAGAGACACGGAGGGAGACACAACGAUGUGUGCCGGCAUCUGUCUCCCUCUCUGUGUGUCUUCGUCAGGGCCGGUGGUGCUGUUAUGACGUUCAUGAGCAAUGAAGGCUUCGGUGAUUCGCAAAGCGUCAAGGGAGGGGGGGAGGGAGGGAGAAUAGGUCGUGCCUGUCUAUGUGUGUCUGUCUUUGUAGGGCUGGGUGUUGGAUGGAGUUGGGGUGUGGCCGUUGCGGGGACGGUGUGUCUCUUCGUGCCGGUCUUGGGAAUGCUAUGCGUUGUGUAAGCAUGCCCACAGAAAACACUCAGCACACGUAGACACCAUACCUCUGUGGGUGUGCGUCUGUUGCAGUCAAGACGUGCAGCAGUAUGACGUGGAAUCAGAGAGUGACGAAGACGAUGAAUACAGAGGCAAGGAGACACACAGGGGAGAGGAAAGGGCUGUUCUCACGUGUUGUGUCUGUCUUUGUGUGUCAUCAACCAGAGGGUCUGCUGCCGCCCGGGCCGCCCUAUCGCGGCACCUAUGCUGCGCCAGUGCAGUACGGCGGCCAACCUGUUACCUAUGUCGUCAGGCCCGUCCAGCACUAGAUAUUCAGGGUAUAUGUUGUGUGCUGGUUGUUUUGUGCCAUUCUUCCUUGUGUCAGUAAUAGCAAUGAGGAAUUGAGAGUUCGGCAUUUAGAAAUGUCCCUUCCUUCAGUGACGCUGAUUGAUGUGUAUGGACAUUGGAGAGAGUCUGAAGGUGUUCGUGUCAGCACACAUGGAUUGUGUAUCAUAAAAUUGGGCGAGC